AUGGCUAACUCGGUCUCACUGUCCUGGAGAGUUCCUAUUGGUUCAGUGGUGAUCAGCUAUGACGUGGAAUGGUCCUCAGGCACCUGGUGUCCAGGUGGAAUAGUGGAAGCAACUUUUACUGUAUCUGGCGACACUACAAGUCACGUUUUAUCAGACCUGACACCAGGCACUUGGUACAAUGUCUCCGUCACUGCUAGAAACUUGGCUGGGAGUUCAGUCUCUGAGAUAGUCAGCUUCAAACUUGAUGAAUCGGCUCCCUCUGCGGCUCCAGCAAGUGUAGGAGUUAGUUCAACUUCUUUUUUCUCCAUCGCACUGCAUUGGGAGCCAGUGCCUUGUAUGUAUCAGAAUGGAGGAAUUACUGGCUACACAGUAAAAUACUGGACACAGGGAAACGAAGAUUCAUACAUUACUAGCACUGUUGAUGAAAGAACUGGUGUGACCAUUUCAAACCUCGUGCCAUCAACAAGUUACUAUUUUCAACUGGCAGCAAUCAACAGUGGUGGUACUGGAAUCUUCAGCGACCCAAUUUCUGCUGAAACAACACUGAGUAGUGGAGAAACUGGAGCAGACGGUCUCUUGGCCACUACUAUGCCUAUUGCUCCCACUGCCCCUCCCUCAUCUGUGGUAGUGAGGGUGGAGAGUUCCACAAGUAUCACAGUCCAGUGGGGACCUGUGGAGUGCAGACAUCAGAAUGGAGAGAUAAUAGGCUACUGGGUGAGGUAUGGAGAGGAGGGGAGCAGUGAGGUCCAGAUGGUGUCAGGGGACUCCAGUGGAGGAAUGACUACAAUCACUGGACUGACUAGAGAAACACUCUACACUGUGCAAGUGGCAGCAGUGACCAGUGCUGGUACUGGAGUCUAUAGUCAACUACAGACUAUUGAAACCCCUGACAGUGUCUACCUCACUCUAAAUGGCAAUGUUAUUCAAAAUGAUGGCUAUGUUGAUCUCAAUGAUAUUGGGUCAACUGACGAAACUGCUUUACUCUGUCACACCAAUCGUCCUCCACCUCCUGGCACUACUAAUUCUGGAGGAGACUGGUUUGCACCAGAUGGUACACUGUUGGAUGGUACUGAUGUUCCAGGAUUCACAGGAAACAAUGGUGCCAUGGUUGUGAGGUUGAUGAGGGCCACUGGGACUCCAGCAGAGGGGAUUUAUAAGUGUUCAAUUGAGGAUGAUACAUCAGUCAUCAAUACGAUAUACGUGGGACUGUAUGGCAGUGAAACA